AUGGCGGAGUUCUCUCUGGACUAUGACGAGCGGGGAUCCAACGCCAGCUCUGACAACGAUCAGGAUGAGUUGAUGGAGGAUGCGGACGAUAUCGAGGCCAACGCUGAUGCAGAUGUCGACGCAGAUGCUGACGAGGAUGUGGAUGAGGAGGAUAACGACGACGAUAAUGGAGAUGACGAUCAAGAUAGGGGCGAAGACGAGGACGAUUUCGUCGAGCAACCAAUAUCACAACUACGAAGACCCAGUCUCCCUACCACGAAUGAGAGCUCCGAAGCAACGUCGACAACAAGCCAUAUCAAUGGAGGCCCUACGUCGCAUCCUCAUCCCAUAUUAACGCGAACCUCUGCCUCCCCGCGGCAGGCAUCUGCUCCUUUACAAGCCUCUAGAAUGCGCUUCGAAGUCCGACCAGAAGCACUCACGGCUCCUAUCUACGAUAUCGUGCCUACCAUGGCGGCGCCGCAAAGCACAUCCAUCAAUGCAGUCACAGCAACACCAGAUAUGAGGUAUUGGUUCACGGGAGGCUCAGAUUGCUACGUGCGGAAAUAUGACGGUGCCGCAACUAUAAAUGGGAAGACAUUGCUAACUGUAGCUCAACGACAUCCGUUUGUAGACAGUGUCGUGAAGGCCGGGGUUCUGAUGAGCUACUGGGAUAACGAGGAGCCCGUUGUGAAGAGCCCAGGGGAGGACCAGACAUUGUCUCCAGUUUACUCGCUUGCUGUACAAUCGCAAGCUCUCUGGAUGCUCUCUGGGCUGGAAUCUGGGGCUAUAAAUCUGUACUCAGUGCGACAUGAUGAGGGGAAACGGAUCGCCUAUCUCCAAAAGCAUAAAUCUGCGGUCUCAGUUCUCACCUUAGCCAGUGAUGAAAAGUCUGUUCUGUCUGGUAGUUGGGACAAGAAUGUCUAUGAUUGGGAUCUAAAUACGGGGCAAGUUAAGACGUCUUUCGAGGGUAGUGGAGGGCAGAUAUCUGCGAUUGAGAUGCGACCUGCCUCGAGUUUACCAGUCCCCGAGGAAUCUGGCGAGCCCGUACAAACCAAUGGAAAUUUCUCGAGCAACAAUGCGGACAAGCCUCUACCGAAUGGCACUCUCACCAAUAGAGUUAACGGCACCAUAAAUGGCUCCACGGUAGAGGAAGGAAAUGGGGACGCCCAGGGUUCCCCGACAGACUCUUUGUUUGGUGACGACAAUUCAUUAUUUGGGGAGACUGCUGGUGACGGAGCGCCUUCGGGGGGCAAUUUUGGGGACGAUGACGAUGAGUUCUCUCGAGCUAUGAACGUUGAACUCGACAACCAAGCCCUAGAUGGUCAAGGCGAUCUUACCAUGGAAGACGUUGCACCUCCUGCCGACGCAUUGAAUGGCGCCACUUCUCCUGGCGGAGGAUCUGGCCAACAACCGAACGGCGUGCACAACAGUCCGUCAACACAACUAAAUGGAUUUCUCACAGAAGAGCCAGCCGAGCCCCGCCCCUCAGCAGUGGCCGAAACCCAAGAUGCUGUCGCAACAUCCGACUCGACCUUUCUCGCUGCAUCCAUAGAUGGAACCCUUCGCGUCUGGGAUCGAAGACAACCAAACCCGAUUGCACGCAUCCCAACAAGAACCGGAGUCCCCCCUUGGUGUAUGGCAGCUUGCUGGUCUCCAGACGGGAACUACAUCUAUGCCGGGCGAAGAAAUGGCACAGUUGAGGAAUUCAGCUUGCAUAAAGGUCUUCGGACUGCGGAGAGGACCUUCAAGUUUCCGCAAGGAAGUGGCGCGGUUAGUGCGGUGAGAGCCAUGCCUAAUGGAAGGCAUUUGAUCUGUGCAUCACAUGACAUUCUCCGUCUCUAUGACCUUAAAGAACCAGCAGCCUUCAAGCACUCAACAGUCCCUUUUCUGAUCGUUCCUGGCCCACCGAGAGCUGGUGUAAUAUCUGCGCUCCAUAUAGACCCAACUUGCAGAUAUAUGCUCUCAGCUGCAGGUAAUCGAGGCUGGGAAGGUAGCACUACGGAGGUCCUGAUUGGGUAUGAGAUAGGAAUUCCUUCUUCUUGA